AUGCUGUGCGACCACUCCUUCGCCGUCGAGUCUCUCCCUAUGGAGAUAUUGACUAAAGUCUUUCGUCUCGUCACCAAUUCGGCUACCGUCCACAUGCCCGCCAAUUCUGAAGCCAUCGACACCAUCUCACAGGAGCUGUCCGAAUUACCUCUGCAGUUAUCUCAGGUGAACCGACGCUGGCGAUUCAUCGCUCAACACACGCCCGGUCUUUGGGGCCACAUUUAUGUCAGCCAUCGUCGGCUGAACCACAGCGCUCUCCUUGCACAUCUCAUGUUUUCCAACGAUAACCCUCUCGACGUCACAAUUCGGUGGCUUCCUUCCUUUCCUUGGUUGCUCUUCGCUGCUGAUGAGAAGGACGAUAGACUGCUCAAGGCUAUCUACCGACAGGCGGUAGUGAAGUAUGGGCAUGAUAUGGGCGAUCAGUUGGGAUUGCUGCUCGAGCACAUCGAGCGCUGGCGUUCGGUUCGAGUGGUCUUAGACGACGCGGAUAUGAUGGAAUCCUUCGCCGCACAGUGCUACACUGCCACUGCACCCCAGCUCAUCUCCCUAGACCUCCAAUACAUCCUCCCACCCCAAGUACGCAACCUCGCCGUGAACAUCGGUCGGAGCAAUGGCGACCUCGUUGGCUUCACUGGCGUUCGCAAUUCUAGUCUCAGCUCCCUUCGCCUCGACGGGGUUACGUUGACGUCUCCUCUUCCCUCGCUUCAAAGUCUCACCACUCUGAAGCUCUACAACUUGGGCGAGGAACAGAUGCCGCAAUUACAUGAGCUGUUCGAAGUUCUGCACGAACUCCCCCACCUCCGCCGACUCUUCAUCCAUUCAUUCGUCGUCCAGGAAGAGCCUCUGGAGGUUUCGCCGGCCGACAUCGUAUGCCUCCCAGCCCUCGAAGUGCUCUCCAUCUCUGACGUCUCCGAAUACUGGCCCGAGUUCUUCCUCGAGGGCACCUACUUCCCCAACCUCAAGAGGCUUUCCCUCGACAUCUGGGAACGCACUUUCGAUGGCUUUCUCACGACCCUUCACAACUGCUAUAAGGAUAUGGUCGAUUAUCACGGUGCCGACCCUGCGUUUCACUUUCCUGGGUCGAUAUUAGGCUCCAUCGAAGGGCUUCAACUGGGUGAAUUUGGAGGCGCUGAGGGGGAUUCGUAUAUCGGCGAUAAAGACGAGCAAGACGUCUUCGGCAGGCUCAUCAACGUUCGCUUCCUCGUCCUCGACGUUCGGAAGAACCGGGAUCACAUCUCGAACCUCGUCCAGUAUACUCGCCAAUUGACAGCCGCUGAUAACGCGAUGAAUCAGGCCGACUCCUCCACCCCUUCCUCUACGACGUGUAUGCCUCUCUUGAGCACUGUUCUGCUUCAAGGGAUCAAAGGCGGGAAUAUGCAAGAGAUCCAGGACCUGGUCAAGACGAGGAAGGAGAUGGGCGUCCCGAUACAGCGACUUCUCAUUCAGCCUCAUCGGUCAAUGAUCACGGACCCGAAAAAGCCAGCAGACGAGGCUUUCCCCGCCGAGAACGUUGCCUGGCUCAAAGCCAACGUCGAAGAGGUUCUUAUCUUCGACAAGGAUCGUCUGCCGAGUCGGGAGAGGGUAGAUGAUAUGUUGGAUGUGUUGUUCGAGGUGGAGGUCGAGAUGGGGGCCGAGAAUGGUACGAGUUUUGUAGACGUCUUUCGCGGUAUGAUGAAAUUGUGA